UCAGUCUCUUUCUGAAUCUCGCGUUGAACGGUCGCAUCUUUCGGAAAGUGUUGAAGAACUCGGUCUCUGUUGACGUGUGAUCUUCGAGAGUCGAGUGUGUUUCGUAUUUGUUUUUGAAGCGGUAGUUGUGUUUGCACAAUGGGCACACCUUCAUUGCGCCUGUUCUUGGCGCUCACCUGUGUGAUUCACAUGGCCACAGCUCUGCAAGAGACCCCCACAAGAGACAUCUCCCUCUCUCCCAACCGAACCCAGCAGCCAUCCCGCUGGCGAGCACAUACGCGCAGCAACUUCCGACAUACAAAUGGUGUUAGCGCCACGCCAAGCUUAGCGGCCACACAGCACUCGGAGGUGAAAGAAUUGAUCAACAAUUUACACGAUCGCGUCGGCAUCUUGGCGACCUUGGAUGAGGACCAGCGUCAUCGUCUGGAAGUCAUCGAUAAGAAAAUUGAUCAGCUGCUGGAUAGUAUAACGGGUCGAAUGGAAUCUCUGAGGGCGCAACAGCUGAAUUUCCAGCAUCGCUUGGACAGCUUCGAGCACAUCCAGCGACUGUCUCGAAACACUUUGGAUGAACUGAAAGGUGAAACAGACAAACAUUUGGGAUCACGUUGGGCCCGACAGAUGAAAACCAAGCAAAAGAACCGCGAUAAAUUGUUGGAUUUGUCACGGCGGGAGCGUGCGGCGGAGCCACAGGAUGUGGUGGCCCAGAAUACGGCCGCACUUUUCAAUGUUCAGUCCGAUCAAUCCAAUCUAAGCACAACCUCCAAUGGCAGUCAAACUGAUGUCUCCAGUCGACUGGAAUCCUUAGCCACCUUCUUGUACUCUCUCGCCCACAAUGUGCGCGAAACACAAGGGAGUGUGGGCAGACUGGUGCAGAAUACCGACAACAUCAGACGUCGCCUCGCCAGUCUCAGUAGUAGGCCCCUGCCGCAGCAAGGGGGUCCUGGUUCCUCAUCCGCUUUCCAGGAGCGUGCAACUAGCUGCCAGCAAUCCUAUUUGGCAGUCAAGGGCAUUCUGAAGCUGCAGCUGACAGAGGAGAGCGAGCCCUUCUAUGUGCCCUGCGAGGAUGAUGGCUGGACGGUGAUCAUGAAUCGCUCCGCGGAUGACAUCAGCUUCGAGCGCAGCUGGCUGGAGUACAAGGAGGGCUUCGGCAAUCUGGCCGGGGACUUCUUUAUUGGGCUGGACAAGUUGCAUGCGUUGACAACAUCCUCGUUGCACGAACUGCGCAUUUGGCUGCAGGACUUCGACGGUAACGUGGCCAUCGCUGGAUACGACUCGUUUCUUAUAAGCGGGGAGAAGGAACUGUACGCGCUUAGCUUGCUGGGCAACUUCCAGUCAGAUUUGGAGCACUCGGCUGGUGAUUCUCUCUCGUAUCACGCUGGCUCAAAGUUCAGCACGUUCGAUAACGAUAACGAUGGCUGCGUGGAGUGCAACUGUGCGCAGCGGCACAAGGGCGGCGGCUGGUUCAACUCGUGCGGCACUAGCAACCUGAUGGGCGCCUAUCACAAGAACAGUCCCGAGACAGCCGGUGAGACGGGCAUCUAUUGGGACACGUUCCAGGGCAAGGAUUACUCGUUACGUGCUGUCAAAAUGCUCAUACGUCCAUUGGCGCAGGACGAGGCCAAACGCUAAGCGCGAACUUACCUCGCCUUGUCCACCAACUGCCAUAAGUCAGGGAAGCAACUAUAAUGCGCUCAAAAAUUAACCAUAUUCACAUACAUACGUAUAUGUAUAUAAAUAUUGCCUACAAAUAUAUGUGUGCUUGUGUAAGCCUCUUCGAUGUGAGCUCGCUUUGCAGUUUAACUCUAGCUUUUAAUAUCUCCUUCCGAAUCGUAUUGCAUGUACGCGUACUUCUGCUCAGCACUGUGUAUUUAUGGAAAAUUAUCUAAUACCUUAGUUAAUAAAGAUGCUCUUUGCGCUACACUCAGAAAAAA